GAACUCCUCCUACUGAAGUAGUGACUGGCUGCUACAGUCUGUGUGCUCCACAUGUUUUCUGCUACUAGAGAUAACUGGCAGGCAGCUUCUGACAGACCUAAAGCUUCCUUUUAGGACUUGUGAGAUGAACAGCGAGCUAUAAAAGCCCCUCUGCUGUGAGCUCACCAUCCAGUGCUGGAGUCCCCUGCUAAGUGGACCACCAUUCACUGAGUAACUGCCACAGCACGAGGAAGCGGCCGCAGUGAGUGAUCUGCAUAUCCCUGCUGCUAUCAACUCAUCCAUCCAGAGCCGGACGCAGCUCCGAGCAACCUACCACCAUAGACCUACUUGCCAGGAUAUCUACAACAAAGACGGAACAAACACCUAAGAAGACUGCAGAUGUGGGAGACGCUGUAUUUCUGGUAUCUGAUGGUACAAUUGUGGCGGUGAUCGUUGAGGUGUUUCGGCAGGGGUUGGAUGGUUCUUCCAAUAUACUGGAGUCCGCAGCUGCAUUCUAUUAGAUAAUGACUCCAAGCAAGUGGAGGCUUCAGUCACAACAAGAACAUCACCCAGACAAGCAGUAAACAUUGUAAAUACACAAGCCAAGUAUCCUCUCAGAGCAACGUACAAUGAUUGGGAAUUAAUCCAGAAUAAAGUACGACUCGGGACAGUCUGACAUAUGCACGUUGUGGGUGCACAUAUAAUUCAGGUGGCAUAUGCAGCAGCUGGCUAAAGCUUAUGUUAAAUUACACCAUCUGGUUUGUAUGGUUACAGAAAUAAUAUUUCUAUUUCACAAGUCACAUUGAUCAAAUCUAACAUUUACAAUGGAUUUUCUUGGAUAAAUACUUCAUUAGAUUUGAAUGUGAACCAGAAGCUAUAUUUUUGGCCAACUAAUUCUGCUGAGUAAAUAUUUUUGAACUUGUAACUGGAUUUACCUUGAAGAACUAUGAUUCACCUCUUACAUAAGCCUUUCCAACAAAUUCCAGGGUCCCAUGGUACUUUUGAAGAACACAAUAUUAAUUCCUCCUUUGGUGCUAUGUUUACCAAACUUCAAACUAUGAACAGGUCAACAUUCAAUUGGACAGCCGGGAACAUUGAUGAAUGGAAAAGGUUUGCAGAGUUAGCGAAAUAUGAGGCUGAUUCCCAGAAGCCUAUCGUACAAGCUCUACUGAUUGUAGCCUAUUCUGUUAUCAUCGUUGUGUCCCUUUUUGGUAACAUGUUGGUUUGCCAUGUGGUAAUGAAGAACAAAAGAAUGCACUCUGCCACCAGCUUGUUCAUUGUCAAUUUGGCUGUUUCAGAUAUCCUGAUCACCCUGCUCAAUACCCCUUUCACUCUGGUACGCUUUGUGAACAGCACAUGGGUCUUUGGAAAGGACAUGUGUCACAUCAGUCGCUUUGUUCAAUAUUGUUCCUUGCACGUAUCAGCUCUUACACUUACUGCAAUAGCUUUGGACCGACACCAGGUUAUUCUUAAUCCUUUGAAGCCAAGAAUGUCACUAACGAGAGGAUUUCUAAGCAUUACAUUCAUCUGGGUCAUGGCAACAUGCUUCUCCUUGCCUCAUGCUAUAUACCAGAAGCUUCUCCGUUACAAUUACAGACAAAGUACAAUAAGAAGCUUAUGUAUUCCUGAUUUUCCUGAGCCUUCAGACCUGUUCUGGAAGUACCUGGAUCUAGCUACUUUUGUGCUUCUUUACUUGUUACCCCUGCUUAUCAUCACAAUCACAUACAGUCGACUGGCCAAGAAGUUGUGGAUGAGAAAUGCAAUUGGGGACAUUACCACAGAGCAGUACAUCACACAUCGUAAAAACAAGAAGAAAAGCAUUAAAAUGUUGGUUUUGGUUGUGGUCGUCUUUGCAGUCUGUUGGUUUCCCCUGAACUGUUAUGUGGUUCUUAUUUCAAGUUUAGGCAUAAAGACAAAAAAUUCUAUUUACUUUGCACUGCACUGGUUUGCAAUGAGCAGCACGUGUUACAAUCCAUUUAUUUACUGUUGGCUGAAUGACAGCUUCAGGCUGGAGCUAAAGUCACUGAUAAACAUGUGUAAGAAGAUACAGUGGCCUCACAACAACACACUACCACCUCUUAUCAUGCCCUAUCGAGAAGCCUGGGUAGAAGAGGCAAACUACAAGCCCUGUCCUUCAGCAAAAAGUGUUCGAUCUACAUCCAAUAUGCAGCUUGUAAAUACAGACCUAUAACUUGUUUGUCUCCACUGUAAAUAAAUAGU